UACGCGUAUGCCUGCUGCUCUGUCUCUCCGCAGUCAGUCAGCCGCCCACUAGCUCAACUUGGUCGCCUUUGGAGUCUCUGCCAACCAAGAGCUUCACUUUCAUCACGACAAAAAGCAAGUUACAAGCCUCUUAGAAAGGUGGAUGAACAGUUUCUAGCUUUUGCAGUUACAACUUUUUUUUUUUUUUUUUUUUUUUUUUUGCUGAGGUUUUGUUCAGCCAUUUCUGCUGAUUAAAUCCGGUUGCUUUAAUGGAAGAACUUAUUAUACAACUAGCAACAGUUUUGACGGAGAGAAACACCCUUUAAAGUUUCUUACCUCUUUUUCUUUUGUCAAUCCUUUUAGGUAUUAGUAUAUACUUUUCUUCUUCAUUAGGUUCUCAUCUUGACUUUUUUAUUUUUCUUUGCUUCUUCAUUAGGUUUCUCAUCUUGAAUUCUUUAUUUUUCUUUUUUCAUUCGUGAUAUGCAUAAGCAAGUCCAGCUCAGAUUCUUUUUCUACCCUCUUAUUUUUUCUGGGUGACUUGCUUUAUGGGUGCUUUUGGGAAAUUCUUUGUAACGAAUCUGUCUCGGGUAAGCAUCGAUCUUGACCGGUUAUGGGAGCUGAGCAACUGAAGGCUACUGCAUCCUUCGUCUUUUUCCUCCUUUUUCUUUUUGUUGUCUGAUUGUAUUUGUCUGUUGGGUUUGCUCUAAUUCAUCAGAUUCUAGUCUUUGGUUGUGAUUGUUGUUCAUCACUUGAUUUUACUUUACUGGGUAGAUUCCUUGAGUCUCUCUUAAUCAUUUGACGGCCAUGUUAGUUUCUGAUGGCUGCAAAAUCGAUAAUAUGUUUCAUCUGGUUUGGAUAAUUCUAGCAAUUAGAAUUAGUCUGUGAUGAUGUCUCCCUGUGUUUGGUUAUAAAUCUUGUGUCUUUCUUGUCCUGGUUUUAUUUUCCUUGAGGAAAGCUUGAUUUUGAUUUAUGGCUGCAACUGAUAAUGGGAAUCACAAAGAGGAAAUUGAGGUCUCCAAUGGUGGAAAUACAAAAUUUCAAUCGCCUUUUGAUGCCCCAACAUCUAGAAGGAUGCUACUGCGAGAUGAGGCCCAUGAAAGAAAGCUACAGAAGGUCUUUUCUCCUCUCCAUGAGAGGAUAAAGUUCCUUAAAUUUGGCUCAGCUUCUGCCAAAUUCAAGAGGAUAGCUGUGGAGAAAGACGAGGUUUCACGUUCAGUGCCUUCUUCCAGUGGCCAUGGAUUGCGAGAACGCAUAAACGGGGUGUUCACUCGGAAAAUAGACUGGAUUUCACUGAUGAAAAUGUGCAAAGAAUGGAUUAGGGACCCGAUGAACAUGGCUCUUUUCGUGUGGAUCACCUGUGUUGCUGUCUCUGGAGCAAUUCUGUUCCUUGUCAUGACUGGCAUGUUAAACCACGCUCUACCUAAAAAGUCCCAGAGAAAUGCCUGGUUCGAAGUCAACAAUCAGAUUCUCAAUGCACUAUUUACACUCAUGUGCCUCUACCAACAUCCAAAGAGGUUUUAUCACCUUGUACUUCUUUGCAGAUGGAAACCAGAAGACAUUUCCAAACUUAGGAAGAUAUACUGCAAAAAUGGGACCUAUAAGCCUCAUGAAUGGGCACACAUGAUGGUUGUUGUUAUUUUACUCCACUUGAACUGUUUUGCUCAGUAUGCCCUUUGUGGUCUAAACUUGGGCUACAAGAGAUCAGACCGACCAGCAAUAGGAGUUGGGAUCUGCAUCUCUGUUGCAAUCGCUGCACCGGCAGCUGCUGGUUUAUACUCCAUUAUCAGCCCUCUUGGGAAGGAUUAUGAUUCUGAAAUGGAUGAGGAAGCACAGGUUCAUGUUGACGCAGGUGAAGAGAAGAAGCCUGAGCAAUUAAUAUUGAAAUCAUUGGAAAAACGAUAUUCAUUUGCAGGGAUGGAUGGGGAGGUGAUAAUUGAAAACAGACCAUUGUGGAGUGGUGGGAUAUUUGAUUUUUGGGAUGAUAUUUCUCUAGCAUAUCUCUCUCUCGUCUGUAGUUUUUGUGUCUUCGGGUGGAAUAUGGAGAGACUUGGGUUUGGGAACAUGUAUGUCCAUGUUGCUACUUUUCUGCUGUUUUGUAUGGCACCUUUUUGGAUUUUCAACUUGGCUGCUGUUAACAUUGAUAACGAAACAGUCAGAGAAGCUCUCAGUCUAACUGGCAUUGUGCUAUGUGUUUUUGGCUUACUCUAUGGUGGAUUUUGGAGGAUUCAAAUGAGAAAGAGAUUCAAUUUGCCUGGAUAUAACUUUUGUUGUGGCAAGCCAGCAGUUACUGAUUGUGCUCUUUGGCUGUUCUGUUGCUGGUGUUCUCUUGCUCAGGAAGUCCGGACAGGGAAUUCCUACAACAUAGUGGAAGAUAAAUUUUGCAAAAAACAAGCGGAUGAAAGCAAGCAUUUGCCAAGGUCACCUCGUGAAGAUGAGGUGAUUGAGCUUAAAUCUGGCCCGGCGACUCCAAUUGAGAACAACCCCGGUUCUUCCAAGUUUAUCGUAGCUAAUUCUCUGAGCCUAAGCAGAUUCUCGAAGGAAAGUAAUAGUCCAGAUGGGCUUUCUGUGGUGAAAGAAGAACCUUACAUAUUAGGUAAUCAUGAAGCUAUGACUCCACCUGCUCCCCCAAUGAUAGAGAGAAGAGACAGCUAGAAGGGAAAAUAAAACUAUACCAUUUAUUCUGGUGUCUGAUAAAGAUAUGGACUGGUCCAUGUAAAUUCAUGUUUUUGAGCACUUUUUAGGCACCAUAUGAGUCAUGCUUUACGUAGGAGUUUCGAUUUCAGUGAGAACUUUUGUCAGUAUGAUAAUACAUUAUUCUGAUUAUUUUUUA